CUGAGAGCAGCUCUCACUGCUGCCAUUUUGAAUUGUUCUCAGUUUUUCACCCUGCAAUGAGCAAAGUGGCUGAGAAUGCAGGACUUCACGGACUCACAGAGAAAACCGGUAGAAGAGAUCAGCGAUCAGACGGGGCAGCUUCAAGAUGAGAAGAUUUCAGUGCAAAAGAGAACCUUCACCAGGUGGAUGAACAUGUUUCUGCAGAGACACAAUCCUCCACUUGAAGUGCACGACCUGUUUACUGACAUUCAGGAUGGCAGAAUUCUUAUGGCCCUGCUGGAGGAGCUGUCUGGGUGCAAACUACUUUACAGGUUUAGGUCAUCUUCUCAGCGUAUUUUUAGACUGAACAACAUUUCUAAGGCUCUAGCUUUCCUGGACAACAGACAUGUGAAGCUGCUUGGCAUCGAUGCCUCUGGCAUUGCUGAUGGCAUCCCAUCUGUCAUUCUCAACCUUGUCUGGAACAUCAUCAUGCAUUUCCAGGUUGGGCUCAUCCCAUCAUCAUUCAUCAAUUUAAAAUCCUUAUGCAUUUUUCUGUGUAAUGGUCAGUUUUUGUCACUGAUCUUUCAUUCACACCUCAAUUAUAUUGUAAUACAGGUGAAUGAGGUGAUGGGAAGCCUCCAGAGACAUUUGUCCUCUAGCCUCUUACCUUUAUCUCUGAGCAGUUACCCAACUACUAGUGACCUCUCACCUCAACCAAGUGAUAACAGCUAUUUAAGUAACAUUCUGCCAAGGAAAAGCAGGAAGACUGCCAAUGAGCCCAAGUAUAAUGGUAAAGAAAUUAAGAAGACACUCUUGCAGUGGGUCCAAAGUUGUACAUCAAAGUAUGGGGUGGAUGUGCUUGACUUUGAGAAGAGCUGGAGGAGUGGACUGGCUUUUCUUGCUAUGAUUAAGUCAAUUAACCCAGACUUGGUUGAUCUUAAAGAGAACUUGUCCAAAGAACCAAAAGACAACAUCCAGCAGGCUUUCAUGAUAGCUCAUCAUAAUUUGGAUGUACCACCUCUGUUGGAGCCUGAAGACGUGGCAUGCACAUCACCAGACGAGCAGUCCAUCAUAACAUAUGUGUCGAUGUUCCUGAGGCAUCAUUUUAGCAAAGAUGAGGAUCAUACACCGGGCAUUGAAGUUCCUGAGAGUCCCAACUUUGGAUCAAUUGAGUUGGUCAGCUUUGGAGAAACCCUGACUGAUGAUCCAGACGUCCAAGUUCUGCUGAAAACCUUUGAGAAGAGCAACGAACAAACACUGUGGAGACGAUGGUGCAGGAGAUCUUCAGGGACUUCCUGGCCCUCUCUCUCUAAUCAAAGAGUAUUAGAGCCACCCAGUCCACUUGAUGCUUGUUUGGUUAAUCAGGAGAUCCAGUUGUGGAUGGAGAAGAAUUUGGAUUAUGGUUAUGGGAAGAAACGAGUGGAUGGAAGUCAGACUUCCUUGAGUUCCAUGGAGGGAAUUUACAGCUUGUCCACGCUGGACUCAGAUGAGGAGGAAGCCUACAGUUACAUCCUGGACCAGAAUAAGGAUGUUUUUCAACCAUAUAGUCCUCUGAAAAGACAAGUAACAAAAGUUGAAGAGGAAACGGCAGAGGAAAUGAGAAAAGAGACAAAAUAUCUGGAAGCAUGUGAAACGUUUAAUGGCAGUGGAGGUAAACAUCAGGACGCCGGGUCUAACCUAAAAUCAGACGUCAUGGCUCAGUCAGUGGUUCACAGGAAGUUUGAUUGGGACUGGGAUAAAAGUGGCCUCAGGGAGAUGACAAACAACAGAGCUAUGUUUAACUUAAACUCAGAGGCUGGAAGAAGAAGCAAAGAGGAAUGCGAAGAUAAGAGACUUAAGAGAAUGCACAGUAAUGAUGAUUGUUAUGAGGAAGAAAAAGGGAAGAGGACAGAAGAUGCUAGAAAAGUGAAAGAAGAUUAUCAGAAAGCAAAAGAUGAAGCAAUGAUUGUUGAAGUGGGUAGUUGUCAGAAGUAUGUUAAUAAAGUUGGGGUCUCUGAAAACAGCGGCCUAGUGAGCAAGAUGAGAGCGAUAAAGGAAGAUUUGAAAAGAUUUGAGAAGAAAGGUCCAAAGGAAGAGAAUGAGGGGGAGGAAGUUUCAGUGAAGAAGGAAGAGACAGGAAGUCAGAAAAGUGUAACUUUAGAAAGUUUCAAGGUUCAAGUAAAUAAAAAAUUCACUGAUGUUGCUUGUGAAAUCAGUAGGCCGGAAGCAGCUCGAAUUAGCACAGAGAAAGAUGGUGACAGGAGAGAUGAUACCUUCAAAAUAGAUUUAACAAAGAAAACUGAUCAUGAGACAGUUUCAGUUGAUUUUGAGCCGGUUAAAACAGAAGAUGGGAAGAACAAGGAACUGAUAUUGAGGAGUGAUGUGACAACAGCAGCCCACCCUGGUCACACAAUACCAAGAAAGCUCACUGAUGACAUCAGUGAACAUGAAAACAGUUGGACUCUUGCCUGUAGUGCAACGCCUGGGUCGUUCAGCGAAGGAAGACUUAUUCCAGCCUUAAGUGACAUAACUCCAUUAGAGCUGGAAAUGCUUCUGGUCCUGUGGAUCCUGCUCUACUGCUACUUCAUCCUUCGUCAGAUGAUCCUCUGAGUCCCCUUGGAGUGUAGUCUCACAUUAAGAUAUGAUUAUUAGCCAAGUUGGCACUAAUGAACUGAACAAGGACACCUAGGGCUGGGCUGACUCUUUAUCGCUGUCACUAAAUUUCCCCCAAGACAACAUUUAAUGAUUGUGUUUGCUUCUUGCUGCCACCAGAUAUGAUUUUUAAUAAUAACUGGGGCUAUCGUUUCAGAUAAACUAAAAUACUGUAAUCCCUAUAAUGACAUAGAUUUUCCAACAUUAUUAGGCAUGGUAUGUGAGCUGCUGUUGCUGAAUAAAUGUCCAAAACGCUCUGUUUAUGUGAUUGAUUUUUAUGGCUGAAUUACUCAUUUCAUUUUUACUUGGCAUAAUCAACCACAUGGUGGCAUUGCAGUAACACAGCAGCCCCUGUUUAACAUGACAGGCUUGUCUAUACAGCACUCUGCUGCCUGCCGAGAUCUCCCACAUGACCUGCUGUUUAAUUAGAGGCUGUAUUAACAUGCAGAGAUUAAACGGAUAAUAUUUAAUGAAGACUUUGACAUUUUGAAGACUUUCAGUGUGGCGCUUGUGGCUCAACAUGUAUAUUAUUUCCCAUUUUUUUUUUAUUUCAGAUACAAUAUUAGAUUAAAAGCUUAUUAUGAUUAUAUAUAUUUUUUUCCUGACAACUCUCUAGCUAUUUGACAUGAACCAUAAACUAACAGUGUGAUCUGCAUAUGUUGGUUCCAUUUGAUAGAACCAGGCUUAUAAAUAUUGGUUUUGCAGUGUAGACAUAUCAAACUGAUUUACUGUAGCAUGUCUGUAC